AUGUUUGUGCGAUCCGUCUUGAUGGGUGGCGCCGCUGCUCUUGGCGCCAGCGCCCUGCUGGUUGUCCCCGAGAUGGAAUCUAAAGUCGAUACGAUUGAGGAUGGAUUUGUCAAUAUCCAGCCUAUGCUUAUGCAGGAAGUUCAUCAUGCGAUUGUUGACCUACCCUGCUCGGAAUGUCCAUCCCGUGAAACCAACGACGAAGGUGUUGUUAGCUGGACGGAGGGCAAACCAUCAUCACUGACUCUGGAUUUCUCGAUCGAAGACAACCGCCUACUAGCCAACGGCCGUCAAAUCUUCCCACCGGCCCCGCCCAUUCCAAUUCUUGCUGUGCAACAAAAUGAAGAGGGAGAGGACUCCAACCCAAUGCCUGUUGGAUAUGCGCUUGAAAUUAUGCCCAUGGAGGCGCCAUCUGACGAGCCGGGCUACGAACUAUUGGAUGUUCGAUUCACUGUUCUCGACCUGGAGACCCACCCAGUUCCUGUCGAUACCGUUGCGAUCACCGUUCUACAGGAUCCCAACGGCGAGCUCUUCAUCGCUCGGACUGUUAUCGAAAACACCACCCCUGCCUCCGACCGCUUAUCUUGGAAGGAGUGCCAUGGCAAGGCUAAAUGCUUGCAGGAACUACUGGUCUAUCGCAUCCGGGGUCUCUUGGCUGGCGCGAAGGCUCGUGUGAUGGGCAUGGCCAAAGCCGGCCGCAAGGGCUGCCAUGGCAAAUCCAAGGGCAAGGCAAUGGGUCAUCACGAAGAAGGCCAUAGCGGUAUGCCUUUCCCUCCCCCGCCUCCCUUCGGAAAGGAUGGCCCUGGGCGUGAAAUGUUUGGCCCCGGUGGUCACCAUGCCCAUUCUCACGGCUCCGCUCGUCCCCACCAGCACCACCCAUACCACGGCGCCUUCGCUCGUGCCUUCUCUCGCAUUGUGCACUUUGUCGUUGUCCCAGCUGUUCUAGGUGUCCUAGCUGGGUUGACUGCCAGUGCAAUUGGCAUGCUGGUCGGUCAGGCUGUAGUCUUCCUCUGGCGACGCUACCGCGGCACCACUUCUGCGGAGCACAGGGCCGCUUGGGAGGACGGCGAGGCCUCCGAAAAGCAGGGUCUCAUGACUAUCCCUCGUUCCUCCGAGGAAGUCCUUCCUGAGUACACUGAGCCUUCUGAGGCCCGAGGAUCAUUCGACAAGAACUAA